AUGGUCUUCGUUCGACAGUCCUCCACUCCUGACAUCGACGAAGCGGCUCAUCAGGGUAAAGCCUCUUCGGUCCACGGAAGCGUUUUUUCGGCGGAGGUAUGGAAGAUAACCAGAAUCUGGGGAUCGUUGCCAUGCGUCACACUACCAAUGCGUUCUCUGCUCACGGAUGUUGUUUUCGAGGGUAUGACCGGUUUCUGGACCGUUCUCGGUGCUUUCGGCGAAUAUCUUGUGGUGGUUGCAGGGGAAGCCGGUGGAGGCGAUGCAGAAUCGGUAGGACAUCUUGUCUCGAGUGGGAGGAAUGUUAACCGGGAGUACUCCAGUGAGAAUGUGUUGGUAGAAAGUGCUGCUGGAGUAACCAUCCCAGCAAAAGUUGGUCUAUGCAGAGAACAGGGCAAUGUAACCCUAGAAGAGUCACGGCCCAACCACCGGUUAACUCGAUGCUUGGAUGAAACACGGCCUGUUGCAUGA